GAGGCGAAGACUGAACUUCUUUGGUACCAUGUCUCUCCGAAGGAUCCACGGGUAUCGCUGGUCGGAUUUUGUACCUAAUGAGCAGUUACUCCGGGAGACUCGGAUGAGGUUGAUCGUUACUUCGGUGGGAUGGGGCUGGGACGAGUGUCCGCCUGGAGGAUGGCCAUACCGAGACCCCAGGAGUACCGUCGGAAGGUGGAGGCAGCAACGCACUGCCUUGGCGCAUGCCUCCAUACCUGACCUGACUGAUGCCACUGAAGUCUCUCUGCAUGUCGGUUUUUCGGUCCCUGUCAGCAGUCAGCCCCCUGUUUGGGUCAAAGGUCGGGGGGGUUCAGUGACCAUGAGGCAGGCGGUGGAGGCUCAGGUGUUGAACCCCCACUGUGAACUGGGAGAACACGGCCUGCGUCAGAUCCUGACCGAUGUGAUCCAGGAGGUGAGGCGGUCCGUGAACCAGGACAUCGACGGAGCCGAGAUCCUCCACAGUCUGCUGAACGCCUCCUGGCUGCAGUCAUUGCUCAAGAUUUAUGAGGGUCUUCAAAGGUACCUGAGAGAUUCUCCACCACCAGCUCUGGACUACGCUUCCGGACUUUCUCUUCAGAUGCUGAUCGACAUCAGAGCGCUGCCGGGCUGCUCUGAAGACGCCAAAGAGCUCUACGGCCUCCUGAGACAGCCGCACCUGCAGGCGCUCCUCUCAGCUCAUGAUACGGUGGCCCAGAAGGUUUACGAGCCGGUGCUGCCGCCGAUGCCGGAUGACCUGCCGGACGACGAGGAGGCCACCAGGAUCGUCUGCCUGGUCAAGAACAAACAGCCACUGGGAGCGACGAUAAAGAGGAACGAGAUAUCGGGGGAGAUUUUUAUCGCUCGGGUGAUUCAUGGAGGGCUGGCUGAUCGAAGUGGUCUGCUCCAUGCAGGGGACAGGAUCAUAGAGGUGAAUGGUUUUCCUGUGGACGGGUUGGAACCUGAGCAGGUCAUCCAAGUUGUGCAAGCGAGGUCGCAGGGCACCAUCAUGUUCAAGGUCAUUCCCAUCACAGAAAGGCCGGUCCACAACCAGACGAUGCUCUACGUGAGGGCCAUGGUCGACUACAGCCCCCAGCAGGACCCGGCUAUCCCCUGCGCUGAUGCAGGGAUGAGCUUCAGAAAAGGUGAAGUCCUGGAGGUCGUGGACCAGAUGGACGCCCUCUGGUGGCAGGCCAAGAAACUGCCCAGCAACACGGCCUGCGCCGGCCUCGUCCCAUCCUCCAACCUCCUGAAACGGAAGCAGAGGGAGUUCUGGUGGUCUCAGCCUUAUCAUCCUCAUGCAUGCGUACAGACCUUGAGCACUGUAGAGGAAGAGGAAGACAUGAUGGCUAUCGAUGAGAAAUGCCUCGAAGCAGACGAGGAGGCAUUUGAAUCUGAGGAGCUCAGAGGAGAGGAGGAUGACUUCUGCAGCAACGCUGAUGAGAUCUAUUUGGCGGGCUUCAGGCGCAGCCUGCGUCUGUGUCGGCGGCGGUCUCACAGCACCACCCAGCCGUUCUGCCACACCCGCUGCCCCAACAGCUGCUCCAGCACCCUGAACAGCCCCUAUGAGGAGGUGGUGCGCUACCAGCGCCACCCGCAGGACGCACAGCGCCUCAUCACCCUCCUAGGUCCGUGUGGUGUGGGUGUGAAUGAACUCCGGAGGCGCUUGAUUGAAAUGAACCCCAACAUCUUCCAGGGAGCUGUGCCUCACACCACAAGAGCGCCCAAAGGAUACGAGGAGUCUGGCCGAGAAUAUUACUUCACCAGCAGAGAAAUGUUUGACAACAUGGUGUACAACAACAGGUUUCUGGAUUACGGGGAGUACAAAGGGAAUCUGUACGGCACCAGCAUCGAGUCUGUGAGGGGAGUUUUAAACAGCGGGAAGAUCUGCAUCAUGGACAUCGAUCCAAAUGCCAUUCAGGCAGUGAGGAACCACGAGCUGAGGGCUUACAUCGUCUACGUGAAACCGCCGUCACAGGAGCGCCUCAAGGAGACCAGACGGGACUCGUUCAUCACCACCAGCUGCUACGUCAACCGACCCUUCAAAGACGAAGACUUCCAAGAGAUGGAAGAAGCCGCCCGGAAGAUCGAGUCCCACUUCUCGCAGUUCUUUGACAAUGUGAUUGUCAACGAUGAGCUGCAGGACUCCUGCAUCCAGCUGCUGACAGCGGUGAGGAAGUCACAGGAUGAGCCGCAGUGGGUCCCGGUCAGCUGGAUACGACCCACAACCACGUAAGAAAGGAGGAAGGUGGAGGCGAAGGGGGGCGAAGAGAAACCCAACCCCUAUUAUCAUGGCAGCAAUUAUUUUCAUUUUCUUUUGACAGAUUCCUUACUGUGAAAUCUUAACAUGUAAAUCAUGUUUUAGGGGGAUAGGGCAGGAAAGACAUCUAAAUAUGUUGAUCUUGUUGUUACUUGGGGUACUAGACCUGAUUACUAGAUAAAUAUGACGCUGGAGCCCAAAGAAAUACCUAAAAUUGUUUACUUAUUAUUAUUAUUAUUAUUAUUAUUAUUAUUAUUAUUAUUAUUAUAUUAUAUUGUUAUUAUUAUUAUAGGCAGAUCAUUUUUGCCCUGCUCUUUUCUCUUUUACACAAGGCCUGCAACAAAGAAUAUGAUAUUUUUCCAAUUAAUGUUUACAUGCUAGAAAGCAAAGUGGUUUCUUGUUAUACGUUUUGUUUUUCAUGCUGAAUUUGUGUAAUUUAUUUUGUGGUUUGCUAUAGCCUAAAUUAUUUAAUUGCAUGCCAAAGCGUUGAUAAUUUAAUAUUUGUACUUGUUUGUUACAUCAAUAAAGCACUUCUGGUAGUUA